ACAGGGGGGAAACGAAGGGCGGAGUGGCUGAGUGAAAACCCCUUUGUUGUUUCUGCACGUGUUCCGCUCUCUCUAUCCAGGCUAGGGUUUCGAAUCCUUCUCCCUCCAGAUAGGGUUUCCAAUCUCUCUCUGUCUCUGAAAGAUGAAGAAUCGCCCACAGCAGAAGGAUAGCGACCACAGUAAAAGAAUCGAAGAAGGGUCGCCUGCGAUAUCGAAGAAGAGAAGGAGAAGGAAGAAGCAGCCUUUCUCAAUACACGCCCUUAUCAACUCCAAUUCUUCAUCUAAUAUAACUGACUACAAUCCUUACCUCAUUAAAAAGAAGAGGGAGUUCUACAAAAAUGCCAAGUGUAUAAACAAGUACAAGAAGACACUGAAGCAACCAAACAAGUCGCAGAAUAUUCUUCAAACUGCUGCACAGCAUUCCGAGGAUGGUGAAAAUAAUGAAGCUCCAAAUGAUAGAAAAAUGGUGAUGAAGAAGCAGAAAAAGAACAAGAACAGUCUGCAGGGUUUGCGAAAAGAGUAUGAAAAGAAGCGCGAGGAGGAAGAGAAUGCAAGGGUGGAAAGAGAAGCCAUCAUUCAAGCAAAGAGGGAAGAGAGGGAAAAGGCCGAAGCACAGCGGAAGGAGCUGAGAGGGAAGAUGUUCAAGAGGACCCAGCAUGGUCAGCCCAUCAUGAAAUACAGAAUUGAGCAUCUCUUAGAAAGUAUCAGGCGCGGUGCAAAUUAAAAUGCAGUUUUUGGGCAUUCAUCAUCUUAAACACCAAUUGCAUUAGUCAUUUGUUAUAAAUCUGCAAGAAAGAAAUUGUAAGAAAAUGUAGUUGUGGGAUAGAGACAAUGUCCAGAAGCUGAGUUCUUUGCGCAAGCCCAUGCCACGUGUGCAAUAUCUAUGCCACUCAUCAGGUGGGCCCCAUUGUGUAUGCGUGUCAGGCAAAAACUCAGGUUCACUCCACACUUCAGGCAGGCCACAUGUACAUUGAAGGUCUGGGAAUUAUGUUGCUUGGGUCUUCUAGGUAGCCAAGGGUUUGUGUAGUCCAUUCGUGGAAAGAAACCAUAUGUUCAGGUGCUUUACUAAGCCCACACACAUGUAGAUGUUGCAUUUGACUAUAUGUUCUUGCAUGCAUUGUUUAAAAACCGAAAAACUCGAUUCAACUCAACUCGAUGUUCAGCCGAGUAUCCGACUCGAAGACUCAGGCAAGUUUUUAGUUGACUGGAGUUGAUAUUUAAAAUAAUAAUAAUAAAUUAUAGAUAUUUGAAGUA